AUGAGGUGUUGCCACAUCUGCAAGCUCCCAGGAAGAGUGAUGGGAAUUCGCCUGCUUCGUCUGUCUUUGGUGGUCAUCCUUGUGUUACUGCUGGUAGUUGGGGCUUUAACCACUUUACUCCCUAAUAUCAAAGAAGACAAGAUGCUCACUUUGCGUAGGGAAAUAAAAUCUCAGGGCAAGCCCACCCAGGAUUCCUUUACUCUCAUAAUGCAGACGUACAACAGAACAGAUCUCUUACUGAGACUUUUAAAUCAUUAUCAGGCAGUGCCAUAUCUGCACAAAGUGAUUGUGGUAUGGAACAAUGUUGGGGAGAAGGGACCAGAGGAGUUAUGGAACUCCCUAGGGCCUCACCCUGUCCCCGUGAACUUCAAAGCACAGACCACAAACAGGAUGAGAAAUCGGCUCCAGGUCUUUCCUGAACUGGAAACCAAAGCGGUGUUAAUGGUAGAUGAUGACUUGCUAAUUAGCGCCCAGGACCUUGUUUUCGCUUUUUCUGUGUGGCAGCAAUUUCCUGAUCAAAUUGUAGGAUUUGUUCCCAGAAAGCAUGUGUCUACCUCCUCUGGUAUCUACAGCUAUGGAGGUUUUGAACUGCAGACACCAGGGUUUGGAAAUGGUGAUCAUUACUCCCUGGUCCUGAUUGGAGCCUCGUUCUUCCACAGCAAAUACCUGGAACUCUUUCAGAGGCAGCCUGCAGCCGUCCAUGCUUUGUUAGAUGAGACGCAGAACUGUGAUGACAUUGCCAUGAAUUUUAUCAUCGCCAAGCACACUGGGAAGACUUCAGGGGUAUUUGUGAAACCUGUAAACAUAGCCAAUUUAGAAAAAGAAACUACUGGUGGCUAUUCUGGAAUGUGGCAUCGAGCUGAGCACUUUCUGCAGAGGUCUUAUUGUAUAAACAAGCUUGUUAACAUCUACGACAGCAUGCCCUUAAAAUACUCCAACAUUAUGAUUUCUCAGUUUGGUUUUCCAUAUGCCAAUCACAAAAGUAAAAUGUGA